CAUAUUAUCCUGUGAUGUAUGUCGGUAGGGUGUUCAUUGUAAUCAUUGGAGAUAAUUCUGUCUUGGGUCAAAUAAUACUUGUGAAGAAAACGCCACGUCAUUAAAACCAGUGGACGCAAGGCGUUAUCUGAGUGGGGCUGAAUGAGAAAGAACGUCACGCUCAAGUUCCAGACCACAUCACAGUCUCCAAGUAAACGGUGUCACAGUCACGUCGGAGAAAGAAGGACCAGAUUUGAUGUAGAACACGGAGGUUUUGUAACUGUGCUGUGACAGCGGUGAGGAGUUUGUACUGUGGUCCAGUGGUAGAUGUGUGUUAAGGUCAUCUGCUAACACACCAAGUCUCUGCAUUCCAAAGAAACAGAAAGUGCCGAGACGCUAUCAGCUGCACCCGAGCUUGUAACCACACAUGUAGCCAAUAUCGGAAUGUCUGUCCUGACGACGAAACAAUGUCAUCCCGUGUUGUUUAUCAGCCCUUACUUCCUCCCAUGUAAUCAGUUUGGGUGAUCCAGUCGGCGACCAACGCUCACCCUCAGCCCCCACCCCGGUAUACAACGUUGUCCUGACCGUCGGACUGUCCGCCCGGACCACCAUGUGACCGCCAGACGGUGAGAAUUGAUUCCUGGAAGCAAACGUCUUCAACUUGUGGUCACACUUGAACACUCAUUACGAUGGAAGGGCACAGCACGUUCUACACCCAGUCCCUCUACUCCCGGGACAGCUACAACACCGUUCCAGCCGCCGUAGGGGGAUACCCAAACACUGGUCAUGCCCCUCCAGCUUGUAUAUACGCCCGGAAUUCACCCCAGGGAGGAUAUGGGGGUCAGGCGAUGGCUGUGGUCGAGCAGUCCCACCUACAGAAUGACUCCCCCACGGGUCUCUCACAUCAACUUUCAUCUCAAGGGAUACAGACUUCCAUGAACAAUCCGGCCCCUGCCCACAUGCCGAACAGUAACCUUCCCAGCUCCCCUGUAUCCCAACCCAACCAGCCUCCCCCUGCCCACUCACAAGCACAGGGCCCCACCCCACAACCCGCACCCUCCGGCGGGGGACAAAACAGCUUACAGUUUCCGUGGAUGAAGACCACGAAAUCUCACGCUCACCAAUGGAAGGCUCAAUGGGCAGGAGCCCAAUACCCAAUUGAAGACGAGAACAAGCGAACCCGUACCGCUUACACUCGAGGUCAGCUUCUAGAGCUAGAGAAGGAAUUUCACUUCAAUAAAUACAUUUCCCGACCACGUCGGAUAGAGUUAGCCGCCAUGUUGAAUCUUACAGAGAGACAUAUAAAGAUAUGGUUUCAGAAUAGAAGGAUGAAGUGGAAGAAGGAUGAAGCGAAACGUCGACCCGCACCCCGCUCCACAGGAAAACCCCCCAGUCCCAUGUCCCCCACCCUCGACAGCGGGGAGGGUAGCCCCGGGGACAUGACUGACUCUCCGGAGGGUCACGUUCACGAUGAGUUCUCUCCAGACACCAAAGUAGUACCAAAAGAACAUAUGAAUGGUGAUGGUGACACCAGCAAGGAUUACCAUACAGCAACUUGAUGAUCAUUAUCAUUAUGAUCCAGUGAUUGACACAAGGACUGCAUCAGCAGUCGGACUAGUGAAUCGAAAAGUGCUGUUUCGAAGGCUACAGGUACACUCUUGGAGGAAAGACGUUGACGGAGUGUGUUGGAUGUCGUUAGUGAUAUCUACUUCAAACGAACUAUAUUUUUACGGACAUUAUCUGAACCAUACUGACAAGGAAGAGUGUGGAUAUCCAUAAGAAGGAAUAUUAGAUAAAAUAUAAUUAAAAUCGAAGUUGGAACUGUGUUUUGGUUUUCCAGGUUAGGGCUACGACAAUCUCCUGUACCUGUAGACCUCUCUACCUAUCCUGCGUGGUAAAGCCCUUCAAGUGUCUGCUGUAGUCACGCCCUCUGAGGUGGGUGUGCAGUCUCUAGUCAAACUGUGCACAACUGUGGGACUUAACAGUUGAAAACUAUGCAAAUCUCAGAUGGUCAGAAGACUAGCAUUUCUUGAACACGCUCACUACCAGGAGAAAGGGCAUCGGCCGUACAGCAGAGAAGUGCCCUUUCGAUUUCAGAACGAUGUAUACAGUUAUAGUGUUGUAAAUGUGUGUGUAUUAUGGUGCAACAAACGGACGUAUUGUGGGUUUCUGUACAGCAACGUUGUCUGAACCAAGUCUAGUUGAGAUACUUUGUAUUGCAGACACUUACACGUGGCGGUUCUCACCAGCUUGACAUGAAGCUGUCGGAAAAGACUGAAUUUAGGGAUAGACGUAUGAUUUCUACCUUGUUGUGUUUUAACCAUUAUUGAGUAAACUAGAUACAAUAUCUA